AUAUAAAGCCGAAGUAGAGGCUUUGUUAAUUUGUUGUGUAAAAUCCACACAACUGGUUGCUUUUUUCCAACAAUUUGAUUAAUGCCGGCUAGUUUCGGUAGUAUUAGCUUCUAAGUUAUUAUCAGUCCGUGAUUUAGUUCAUAAAGUAAUUGUGACGACUAAAGAAAAAAGGGUGAAAAAAAAGAAGGAAAAAAACGCAUUGGUAGUCGCCCAAGACCUUUGUUAUUACGGUGAGCACUUAAAGACGUUAAAGUUGCGAUGGAGGUGGAUAAGCCCAAGACGAGAACUAAAAAGACUUCUGCCUCCAGGGGGAGGAAGCAAAACAAGAGGAAAACUAAUCCUGACAAAGAAAGAGAAAAUUCACCUAAUUCUCCGUGGGACUCGGCUCCCUCCACACAUGAAACUCCCAGGAAGGCCACCAAGUUUGAAAACGGUUGUGACUCCCUCAGUCUUGUAAAAGAAGCCGUUGUGGUUUUGACCAAACUGCCUGAAUAUAAAAUUGGCGCUUUGAGACCCCCAACCCCUCCGCAGUUCUACAGCGAAGAUGAAUCCUUCAGCAGCUCUGAUUCGGACACGCAGUGGGAAUCAGAGGAGGAUUCCAGCGAUUCAGAUUUCUGGGUCAUAAAUAGCAAACUGAAGUAUUCAAACUCCUCUAAUUGUGACCUGAUCAGGAUGCCUACAACCAGUCACAACUGUAAUGUUUUUUCCCUUUGCUCACGUGAUAAGAUCCGGCCUGACUUACCGGAAGAAGAAAUUAAAGUUGACAUGGUGGUCAUUGCUCGAAGAAGACCCAUGAGGUGGCAGCGUGGUAAAAUAGUGGAAAUCAUUAGAAAAGAUGAUGGGCGGUUAAAGUACAAAGUUAGUUUUGAAGAUAAGGGAACAUGUCUUGUAUCCGGACACCAUAUCUCUUUUAACACCAGGCCCAAGGUGGAGCAACUGUAUAUCGGUGCCCGUGUGGUGGUCCGCUGUCAAAAUAACAAGUAUCGCUUCCGACCCGGAAUACUGGCUGAGCUGCCCAGCAGGAAAAACCAGUUCAGGUUUUUGAUGUUUAUGGAUGAUCACACACCAGUGUACGUCGGGCUCCCUUUAUUCCACCUGGUUUGCAGACCAUUGGAGGAUGUUUUGGAUGACGUUCCAGACGGGCCGCACAAGUGUUUUGUGAGACAGUACCUUAAGGACUGGCCGUACCCCCAUUUAAACAAGUACAGAGCUGGACAGAGCUUUAAAGUGGAGUUAAAUGGAGUCAUGCAGAUGUGUGAUGUUGUUGCUAUUGACUGCAGCUUAAUGCAAGUAGUUUUUCAGGAAAAUCAGCGGCGGGAGUGGAUCUUCAGAGGCUCCAUGCGACUGGAGCACAUCGCCAGAUUGUGGGAAGAGAGGAACAAGCUUCUGGCCAAGAAUGACUCUGACUCUGAUUAAUUCAUAUGUGCAGUUAUACAGAGAGGAAAAUGGUGAAUAAUAGUGAGUAAUGAAGAAAAUACUUGCAAAAUAGCAGGGUGUUCAAACUUAUUUUCCUCACUGUAUAUACAAUAAAAUAGAAAUCAUGUAUGAUAAAGAUUAACUUUCUUUAAAGAGGUGCUCCCUCUUGUCUUUUCUUUGUAGGAAGGUCAGAAAACAUACAGGUGCAAAAUAAUUGAAUUUAAGGCUUUAAAAGUAGCUACCCAUCCAAAUCUUUCCUUAUAGUCUUUAUGAUUUAAAGUAUCUUUCCUUUCCUCUUCCUACGUCUAUUUUUAAUUAUGUUGUACCCAAUUAAACCGAACUGUUAAACAGUAUCACAGAUUGCAAAGCUGAAACCUAGUACCAGUUGUGCUGUUGUAGUCAUUUUUAAUGUUAAUAAUUAUAAAGUUUGUCAUCUGAAUAUGUUAUUAAACACUGAUCAUGGCAGCAUGAAUUAAAAACAUAGUGUAAAUAUUUCAGAAAAGCUAAAAGUUUUUGUUGUGUUUUUUUCUUCAAAUAAGUGAGCCAAAAGUGUCAUAAUCUCAGAGACAGCAGAUGGUUGCUGUGCAGCAGCAGGUGGUAUGAACUACUCUGUUCUAAUUAUUUGAAGAAAAAUGCAGUCAAACAAGCCUUUUCUCCCUAUUUUCAACCUUUUUUCUUUAUAAUUGAACUUUAUUGAUCUUGCAUUGGAGAAAUUCACUCUGCAUUUAGUCUGUGGGAGUGGAACUCGGACUCAGAAUCUAAGGAUUCCAAGCUCUAUGCCCUAACCACUAGGCUGCCACUGGCCUUUAGGACUUUAAACUGUAUAUAUGCAAUGAUUUAAAAUCUCAUAGCAGUUAUGAGACUUUUUUUUUGGCAGUAAAACAAGUGUUCAUGUUCUGGAGUGAAUAUAAAGACCGGUUUUUCCAAAAUCACACUUCCUUGGUUUUCUGUUUAGCACAUUACAAAACCUUUCCUUUGGUAUCACAGCACCAACAAUCAGUUCUAUGACUUGAACUAUAUAUUUUGUAUCCACUCAUACCCUAAUUUCCAAAGCCUGGUAAUAAAACUAGCUUCUAACAA